AUGCCGUUCCACCGCCCAGCCCUAAACAACGCCCAUUCGCAACAACCAUUACUAAAAGAAGACGGAGGACCGCGACGGGAAUCAAACACCUUUGCGGAAUCCCAGGAUCGUCUCCUAGGAAGACCGCAUAUGUCUCGCAGAUCGACGUUUCGCAGUCGCACGCCGGAUAUAGAAGAUAGGAAUCUGACUCGGCGGAAGUAUGUGUUGGCGUCGGGGUUCUUGUUAUUGAGUUUGAUUAGUUUUGUGAUUCAAACGGAGACUGCGGUGUAUAUUCAGCAUGAGCUCCAUUGGGAUAAACCGUAUUGCAUGCUGUAUUUAACCCACGGUUCAUGGUCGUUACUAUGGCCAGUCCAACUAUUGGUUCUGCGAAUCCAAAAACGAAAAUUAUCGUGGGACGCUUUCUGGCGACGACAUGUCUUCUUACUGCGCACCACGGCCCAGAUGAUCGAGCGGCAGGACCUGCAUCUUACCACGCGGGACGAUCAUCGAUCUCCAGUCCCCUAUAUGCUGAAAACAACGGCUUUCAUAACAACUGCCUUGACCAUUGCCGGCGGUUCCUGGUACGUUGCAGUGAAUAUGACGACAGCCAGCGAUUUGACCGCCAUAUAUAACUGCUCCGCUUUUUUUGCCUAUGCAUUCUCUGUUCCGCUGUUAAAAGAUAAACUCCGUUUCGAUAAGAUUUUUUCCGUGUUGGUGGCUAUUAUCGGCGUUUUGGUCGUUGCCUACGGCGACUCUGGUCAAGAGGCUGGCGAGAGCAAAGGUUCGGCUGAUAAUCGCAUGCUGGGGAAUAUUGUUAUUGGCGUUGGAAGUGUGUUAUAUGGUUUAUAUGAAGUGCUAUAUAAGAAACUGGCAUGUCCCCCGGAAGGCACGAGUCCAGGACGAAGUAUGAUCUUUGCGAAUACAGUGGGGAGUUUGAUUGGAACGUUCACAUUGUUGGUCUUGUGGUUCCCGUUACCUAUCUUGCAUUGGACGGGAUUGGAGACUUUCCGUUGGCCUACUGGUGAAGCGGCGUGGAUGCUUCUGAUUUCUGUUUUGGCAAAUGCCACAUUCUCCGGCUCCUUCUUAAUCUUGAUUUCAUUGACCUCACCGGUCCUUUCGUCAGUAGCAGCACUAUUGACGAUAUUCCUGGUUGCCAUCGUGGAUUGGCUACGAACCGGCAAACCCUUGUCUGCUGCCGCUCUGUCCGGUGGCGUUCUCAUCAUUGUUGCAUUUUUGUUGCUGAGUUACAGCACGUACAGAGAGCUUGACGAGGAACGGAAGCGCCGUUUGAUAGAGGAUGGACCUGAUUCAGAUAGCGAUGAUUAA